AUGGAUCUGGGUCUAGGACGUGUCCAGGCGCUACUGCAGCGUGUUGGAUCGCCACAUACCAAGUUCCCUGUGAUUCAUGUGGCAGGCACAAAUGGGAAGGGUAGUACGACGGCGUACUUAGCUGCACUAUUAUCGCAGGGCGCUGGUAUUCGCUCGGCACGCUUCAACUCACCUCACUUGGUCACAGCGCGUGAUAGUGUACGGCUUUCAAAUGGAGAGCCUAUUGAUGAAGUGACGUGGAAUCUCGCUGUGCAGCGAACGCAGGCAGCUGACGCUCGUGACACGCCGAUUGGGGCGACACCGUUUGAGCUGCUUACUGUUCAAGCCUUGCUGGCAUACACACUCUUACCACAGGCACAGCAACCGGAAGUGCUUGUGAUUGAAGUAGGUGUAGGUGGCAGGCUUGAUGCGACCAAUGUCUUCCCCUCGGACAAUGUCUUGGCCAGCGUGAUUUGCCCUAUCGCCAAAGAUCAUGAAAACUUGCUUGGCCAUGGCCUUGCUGCGAUUGCCCGGGAAAAGGUAGGUAUCCUAAAAUCGAACGGCCUGUGUGUUGUAGCGGACCAAACGCCUGUGUUCCGUAUCCCACCAUCGACCUCCCUCCUCCCGCCGCCUUCGUCUGAGGUCAUGAGCAGUAUUGUUGAGGCAUGCCAAGCGCAGCAAGCUUCUGUGGCUUUCACGCAAGUCCCCUGGUCAUCAAUUCAGCUAUGCAGUACACAUCCUCCCUUGCGUGCACCUGUCCAAUUUUCAUUGCCUUUGUACGAACCGAUGACUAUCACGGAAGGUGCUUCGUCGACGGCCCAAAUGCAUAUACCUGUCACGCUCGAGGCUUCCCUCUCUCGUGUUUCUGGUGCGAGCACCGCACUUCAAACACUAUGGAGCAUUGCUACUUUGCCAAUGCACUCUUCUCCAGCUGGUCCUGAUCGUUGGCAUGAUAUCCGCGCGCGCAUUCGGACCCAUCUCUUCCCUGACAACAAGCCUUCUCCGUCUCUCACGGCCAGUCUUGGGCAGUGUCGAUGGGAGGGUCGAUGUGAAUGGCAUAGUUUAGGCUCGCUGCCUUUACUAUUGGAUGGCGCACAUAAUGUGGCAUCAGCUUGGGCAUUGCGGCAGUAUUUGGAGCAAUGCUUGCAUGGUCUGCCGCCUGUUACCAUAUCCUGGAUCAUGGCUUUCUCCCAAGGCAAAGAUGUGGAGAGUAUGCUGGACAUUUUUUUGGCGGCGCACCCUGGCAUGACGCAUCGUGUAGCGUUUGUCCCCUUUUCUACGCCAGUAGAAGGCAUGCCAUGGGUUCGCUCCAUGCCGCCAUCGCAGCUUGUGGAAUCAGCCCAGCGUUUCUCGGUGCCUACUAGCUCGUAUACCUCUUUGUCCGAUGCUUUGCACGCAACGUCGUCGUCUGACACUUCUCAUAUGCAUUUGGUCGUCGUAUGUGGGAGUUUGUACCUCGUGAGCGACUUUUACCGUACUAAUGCUCUUGUUACAUAG